AUGGGCAAAAAUUUUGACGGCCACCAUCAAUUGUGUUUCGCCCACGGCAUACAACUUGCGGUUCUCGAUGUGCUAUAUAAGUCAAAGAACCAGUCAACGCCCAAUCCCAACCCAGAGCAACAAGAUAAAGAACUGGAUUACGACUCUGAAGAUUCUGAAGAAAACUAUGGAGGAUUUGAUAUCGAAGUACCAAGAAUUCCAGAAUCUGAAUUUCUGUACAAAGAUACUAUAAAAAAGUACGAGAUUUGGUUAAAUCUUUUAAAAAGUCACCCUUGA